AUGCCCCUCCAUGCGUUGGACGAAUCAAAUAUGGAAACUAUUGUUGGGAUGUUUGGAAAGGUGAUGGUCAACACCAGCCCUUUUUGGAAUUGUAAUUACGUGUCUCAUGGAAAGAUUUGUAUUCUCACGGCUUCAAGGAAAAAAUUGAAUGAAGAAAUUUCAGUGUUGAUUGAUAACUGCAAGUUCAGGAUUUGUGUCUUCGAAGUUAAUGAUGAUUGGGUUCCGUUCAAACAUUUUGUCCCUAACUCGAUUUCAUAUUCAGAGGAAGACAUCGACGACGAACACGGUAUUUCAGACACAUGGCAACCAGAUGGAAUGGAUUUUGAAGAAGGGGAGAUUAGGCCAGUGACACAUGAAGAUGAAUCGGGAAAAUCUGUUGCUAUUGGCUCUCCGUCGGCGAACUGA